GCCUCCGAGAUCCCAUCACCCGCUGCUGCAAGCUUUCCGGGGAGCCCGAUGGGGCGCCAGGUUCCUGCGGGGGUCCCCGCGACACGCUGGAGCUUCCAGCCCAGACCCGGGAAUCAAUUAGGCCAGCUCCGGCCCGCGUCCCUCCCGGCCUCUGAUCUUCAUGGGGCGGGCGAGCCCAGGACCCGCCCCCCGGGCCGUUGCAAAUCCCUUUUACGCACUUUCGCUUUCUGUGCCCCUUGUUGGCAACGCCAAGAUGCCUUCCAAACCCUGGCGGAGGCUGCUUGGUCAGCACAGCGCCGGUUCCCGGGAGAGUCUGGGGCACCCCCUUUUUACACUGGGAUACUUUCUGGUUCUACUGAUUGUCUGCCUCGUGGUAGCUGUGAACUAAAAGCAGCGAGUGACUUUAAACCAAAUAUUCUACCGAUAAUGGCAGAUGAUCUUGGCAUUGGCGAUCUUGGUUGCUAUGGCAAUGACACACUGAGGACACCAAAUAUUGACCGUCUUGCAAAGGAAGGGGUGAAGCUCACCCAGCACUUGGCGGCUGCUCCCCUCUGCACCCCAAGCAGAGCUGCAUUCCUCACGGGGAGGCACUCUUUCAGGUCAGGCAUGGAAGCCACCAAUGGAUAUCGGGCCCUGCAGUGGAAUGGAGGCUCAGGGGGCCUCCCUCAGAACGAAACCACCUUUGCAAGAAUCCUGCAGCAGCACGGCUACACCACAGGCCUCAUAGGAAAGUGGCACCAGGGGGUAAAUUGUGAGUCACGCACUGACCAUUGCCAUCACCCACUAAACCACGGAUUUGACUAUUUUUAUGGCAUGCCAUUUACUCUCAUAAAUGACUGUCAGCCAAGCAAACCCCCCGAAGUGGACGCCACCACGAGAGCAAAGCUCAGGCUGUACACCCAGGUGAUGGCUUUGGGAAUCCUCACCCUUGCGGCUGGCAAGACCUCUGGUUUGAUCUCUGUUUCCUGGAAAUUGGUUGUGGGGGCGGCCAGCCUUGUCUUCCUGUUUUUCGCAUCUUGGUAUGCCAGCUUUGGGUUUGUGCGUCGUUGGAAUUGCAUCCUGAUGAGAAACCACGAAAUCACAGAACAGCCCAUGGUUUUGGAAAGAACAGCCCAUCAGAUGCUAAAGGAGGCAGUUUCCUAUAUUGAAAGAAAUAAGCAUGGGCCAUUUCUCCUCUUUGUUUCCUUGCUACAUGUCCACAUUCCACUUGUUACUACAAAACAGUUUCUUGGGAAAAGCCGCCAUGGCUUAUAUGGAGACAACGUGGAGGAGAUGGACUGGCUAGUAGGUGAAAUUCUUAAUGCCAUUGAAGAAAAUGGUUUGAAGAACACAACAUUCACAUAUUUCACCUCUGAUCAUGGAGGACAUUUGGAUCAUGGAGGACAGUUGGGAGGAUGGAAUGGAAUAUAUAAAGGAGGAAAAGGCAUGGGAGGCUGGGAAGGUGGGAUCCGUGUCCCGGGAAUAUUCCGGUGGCCUGGGGUGCUGCCCGCUGGCCGAGUGAUCGACGAGCCCACAAGCCUGAUGGACGUCUACCCCACUGUGGUCCAGUUGGGAGGUGGCCAGGUGCCCCGGGACAGGGUGAUGGACAGCCACAGCCUGCUGUCCCUGCUGCAAGGAGCCACCGAGCACUCAGACCACGAGUUCCUGUUCCAUUACUGUGGGGACUCUCUUCACGUGGCCAGGUGGCACCAGAAGGAUGGUGGAAGACUCUGGAAGGUCCAUUACCGGACCCCACAAUUCCAGCCACAGGGCGCCGGUGCCUGCUACGGCCGAGGGGUCUGCCCCUGCUCCGGGGAAGGCGUGACCCACCACAGCCCACCUUUGCUCUUUGACCUCUCCCGGGACCCUUCGGAGGCCCAGCCCCUGUCCCCCGACUCUGAGCCCCUGUUCGAUGCUGUGAUAGCGAGGGUGGGCGAGGCUGUGCGGGAGCACCGGAAAACCCUGAGCCAAGUGCCCCAGCAGUUCUCCAUCACCAACAUCCUCUGGAAGCCCUGGCUGCAGCCGUGCUGCGGAACCUUCCCAUUUUGCUCAUGCGACAAAGAAGGGGACAGCAGUCUCCAGACGCCAGGUCCAUGAGAGAGGACCCAGGAGAGAACAGCCGGACUAUGAUAAAUGACAGACUCGUGGGUUCUGUAGUUGUGAUUUCACCACCGCUGAAAUUUAUCGGUAACCCCCAAAUCAAUACUUGUGACGCUUUCUUGGUUAUUCGCAGACGUACCCAGAGUGGUGGAAAAUUGGAGUUGCCCGAUGCAUACAUUCCCAGCUAAGGUCAAACACAACAACGCUCUGCCUUCUUGUUUCAGCUCUCAUGCCAUAAGCAAGGGUCUAGUUAGUGCCACAGUUUUGGGGUUUGGUGCUAAGUGCUAGCUGAUGCUCCUUAAGCACACAGAGGCUGUGUGUGACUUUUGGGGAAAAUACAUGGGUUAGUUCAGCUUCCUUCAGGCAUGAGUUAGUUGUAGCACUAUUGGCUGUGAGUUCUUUGUUAAUGAAUCAGCAGUAUAUGCUAAAUGAGACGUCUUUAAACAGAAACACACACAAAACAAGGUUAUGUACUGAUGGGUUGAAGAAAAUAUUAUGACCAGAGACUCGCGGGAGCCCCCACCCUCACCCCGUAUUUCCCCAGGAACAGGGGUUCAUUAUGUAGUAAUUCAGUGUUUGCAGCAGCCUUGUAGACAGAACUACUGCACAUACUGAAAAUUGACUGUAUGCUGAUCCUUCUCAUUUCCCUUUCAUGAAAAACAUCUCCCAAUGAAGGGAGUUGGUCUCAGUUUACCCAUCUGUGAAAUAAGAGGGUUGCAAUGGACACCCCAAUAAUGCCCCCUCCUCUUCCAAAGCUCAGGGAUUAUCAUGAUGCCAGUUACAGAUUUAUUUUUAAAUUUUAUUUUUUUACCAAUCAACCUUAACAUACACUUGGAAUUUAAUUGUGUAUAUGAACAGCCUUACACAGUGAUGGACAAAAGUGUCUGUGCCUUCUCUUCUUGGGUAACAGAGGGAAGAGUGAGCUCGGCCUCUGUCCUUGAGGAAUUGUCAAUCUAAAAUUGUUAAUUCAUUUCCCAUGCAUUAGGGCCACCGUCUUUGUACCCUAAUUGUGUUAAUUAGAAAUUGCUUUUGAUUGCUAGUGACAGACACUGAGAAUAACCUAGUGCCUUAUACGGGAGAGGGGGCUGCUUCUCACAGGUAACAUGCGGUCCAGAGAGAAGCAACCCAGAGCUGGCAGGCUCUUUCCAACUCCCUGCUCCACUGUCCUGAUGAUAACAGAGUUUGCCUCGUGUUCUCAAAAUAGCUGCUGCAGCUCCAGACAGCACAUAGACAUUCCAGGCAACAAGAAGGAGCAACAGCAAAAGGGCAUUCUUUCCCAAUCAGUCAUUCCCUGUGAAGGUGUUUAUCUGGAAACCUGAAUAGACAGUAUAUGACUUUUGAUGCAACAUUUUAUUGCCAGAUUAUGUGGUUUAUUUCACUCUGCUUUGAUAUGCGCCACAGCAAGCGCCUAUUAAUUGGCUAAUUGUUGAAGGAUCCACAGUCAGCAGGUGGUAUCUGCAGAAAGUUUUAAUCUCAGGCAAAGGGGCAGAGGCUCUGUGCAUCUCCUAGGAGUGUCAGACCUACAGAGGGAGAACAGCUUGCAUUCCUUGACCAAGCAUUUUCUCUAAAUAAAUUCUAGUUCACCUCAUUCUCAUAAUCAACCACUGUGGUUUUCCCCUCCCAUGCAGGGAAUCACGUAGGUGUAGGAAAACUUACUGGGGUGGAAAGCCCAGAUGGGGCUUAAAUCCUUCUGACCCCCAAUCCAAAUAUUAGCAGGAUCUUGAAUUAUUCCUCUCUGUCCAUCAGGGUCCCUGCAGGAAAUAAGCGGCCACUCGACAGGGAGAUAAAAGGACUCUAAGGAAGAGCCUGCUUUCAUUACCAGGUAUGGGUUGCAUUCAAAGGACCCCAGAUAGGGGGUCAUCCUGAGACUCACCCAACAGGACCCCAGAACCAUGAGUAAGCCUGAAGGCUUGCAGAAUGCCGAGGGGAGGCAGCAGGGGCUGGCGGCAGGGGUGGGGAUCUUCAAGAACCGUCGUAUCUCUCCUGCUCUCUCUGUCCUGCUCUCAAGCCCACCCACCCAUCUCCUGAAGGGGCCUCUGGAGGCCAGACAGAAUCCCAGCUGAGGGGUUGCAGAGUCUAGAACUUAGCUUCCUGGGGUGGGGGGACAGGUGGAGGAGGAUUGAGCAGGAGCUGGAGGGACAGAAAACCCAGCACAGCCUUAACACAACGAAAUAGAAAGAUCUACUCGGAGUGUGGGGGUGGGGAGGAGCAGUCUAAUCUUUUACUUUACUCACAUUGGUGUUUAACAGACCCAUUCAGCAAGUCUUUGGCUGGGAUUGUGCAGACAGGUCAGAGUCUAAGAAUUUUCUGACACUCAAUAGAAACUGCUGAGAUUUUGUUUUCUCAAAGCUCCAUUACAAGCAAGUAAAUAUUACUCAGUUCUUUACAACUGGCACAAAGGCUCUGAAUGUGCUUGGUUAAAGCUCUUAAUCAAUCAGUAGCAGAAUUGAAUGCCAAGGGAUUUGAAUUGGUAUAAAGCCGAGCCACUGAUCUCUGACAGAUAAUGUAAUCAGUGUAUUGAUCAUGCUGUUUGAUGCAAUUAACUCAUCGAUCUCUGUUGGUUAAAGUAAUUAAUUUAUUCAUCUGUGCUAGUUGAUGUAAUUAGCUUUCUGAUCUGUGCUGGUUAAUGUACCCAAAUUUCUGAUCUGUGCUAGUUAAUGUAACUAACUCUCUGAUCUGUUCUUUUUGAGGUAAUUAAUUUAUCAAUUUGUGCCAGUUAAUGUAAUUAACUUAUCGAUUUGGGCCAGUUAAUGUAAUUAACUUAUCGAUCUGUGUUGGUUGAUGUAAUUAACUUUCUGAUCACUGCUGGUUAAUGUACCUAAAUUUCUGAUCUGUGCUAGUUAAUGCAAUUAACUUUCUGAUCUGUGCUGGUCAAUGUAGCUAACUUUUGGAUCUGUGCUGGUUAAUGUAAUUAACUUUCUGACUUGGGCUAGUUAAUGUAAUUAACCUAUCCAUCUCGGCUGGUUAAGGUAAUUAACUUAUUGAUCUUGGUUGAUGUAAUUAAUUUUUCUGAUCAGUGCUGGUUAAUGUAUUAACUUAUUGAUCUCUGUUAGAUGAUAUAAUCAAUUUAUUGAUCUGUGCCAGUUAAUGUAAUUAACAUAUUGAUCAGGCAAUUUGAUGUGAUUAACUUAUCGAUUGGUGCUAGUUAAUAUAAUUAACUUUCUGAUCUGUGCUAGAUAAUGUAAUUAACUUUCUACUCUGUGCUAGUUAAUAUAAUGAUCUUUCUGAUCUGUGCUGGUUAAUGUAAUUAACUUUCUGAUCUGUGCUAGUUAAUGUACUUAACUUUCUACUCUGUGCUAGUUAAUGUAAUUAACUUUCUGACCUGUUCUUGCUGAUGUAAUUAAUUUAUUGAUCAUGCCAGUUAAUGUAAUUAACUUAUUGAUAUGUCCUCGUUGAUGUAAUUAACCUUCUGAUCUGUGCUGGUUAAUGUAACCAACUUUCUGAUCUGUGCUAGUUAAUGUAAUUAACUUUCUGUCCUGGGCUAGUUAAUGUAAUUAACAUAUCUACCUGGGCUGGUUAAUGUGAUUAAUGUAUUGAUCUGUGCUAGUUAUGUAAUUAACUAACUGAUCUGUGCUAGCUGAUGUAAUUAAUUUAUUGAUCUAUGCCAGUUAAUGUAAUCAACAUAUUGAUCUGAGUGAGUUGAUGUGAUUAACUUGUCUAUCUGUGCUAGUUAAUGUAAUUAACUUUCUGUCCUGGGCAAGUUAAUGGACUUAACUUAUCCAUCUGGGCUGGUUAAUGUGAUUAAUGUAUUGAUCUGUGCUAGUUAUGUAAUUAACUAACUGAUCUGUGCUAGUUGAUGUAAUUAAUUUAUUGAUCUAUGCCAGUUAAUGUAAUCAACAUUUUGAUCUGAGCAAGUUGAUGUGAUUAACUUGUCAAUCUGUGCUAGUUAAGGUAAUUAACUUUCUGAUCCACGCUAGUUGAUGUAAUUAACUUAUUGAUCUGCACUAGUUAAUGCUGUAGGAACUCACCUGGGUCCCAUGAACUAUUUCACAAAUUGUCUUUGCUGGGGAAUUUUUCUGGCAACAAGUACAUUCAUAAGCUAAAACCUGAGCAGAAUUACUGAAUAAAAUCUGGCAGAUUU